UGCGCAGUGACCUUGCUUGAGGGGGCUGUUCAAUUCAAUCUGGCAAGUGGUGUCCGGCUUGCCUGCAAUCGUCUUUUCUCUAUAAGUUACUCAGGGUCUUUUCGUACGAAGUUUGCACCAAAACUCCAUCCCUACAUAUUCAGAUAUACUUUUUAUUACAUGCCGCAGAAAUCAAUCUUAUCAUUCUUUUCCGGGAGUGAAAAAAAAGAAACUGAGGAAACAAAUAAGGAAAAGAUGAUUAGUUCAAAACCACCUGACAAUACUUCACAUAAAAGCAUAAAACGCAGACGCAUCAUUGUCGAAAGUGAUGAUUCAUUAACGGAAAUGCCCAAUAAAAGUAGUGAAUAUGUUCAUAACGAUAUUAAUUUUGAAGAAAGUGAUGCGAAAAUCCCUUCUAAAUUACCUGAUUUGGUACAUCAGCAACCAAUACGUAAUCCUACAACUGAGGAUAAAUUGUUACAGAAUGUGACUGAUACAAGAACUAAAGACAAAUUCAAGGACUUAAGUGAGUCUAAUUUAGUCCGUUUUCAGUGUGCGAAAAUUGAAGCAAGCAAUAUUCUAAGCACAUCGAAUGUUAAUGAAAAGUCGUCACGGAGUCCUGAAAAACUAGUUACCCGUUACGACCCCAGCAAAACGGAUUAUCACCCUAUCCAUGAUUGCAACUGGCGAGAAGGUGAAAGUGUCCCUUAUUUGUCAUUGGCGAGAACAUUUGAGUGUAUUGAGGCCACAUCUGGCAGAAUCAAAAUAACAGAAAUGCUGUGCAAUUUUUUUCGCUCAGUCGGUUUGUUGUCUUCAUUUGAUUUGACAAGCUGCGUUUACCUAUGCCUCAACCAACUGGGACCCGCAUAUGAAGGGAUGGAACUAGGCGUGGGGGAGACAGUCCUAUUAAAGGCUUUGGCCGCAACUACAGGUGUUGGGAUUGAACACAUGCGUUCGAGUUUGAAGCAACAUGGUGAUCUUGGUGUUGUCGCCGAAACUAUCAGAUCACGCCAGAAAAUCCUGUCAGCUCCAAAACCAUUGACCAUUUCCCUAGUAUUUUCUAAACUGAAAGAUAUCGCUUCAAUGUCUGGAAAUUCAGCUCAAAACAAAAAGGUGGAAAUUAUUCGCUCGCUUCUAGUGGCUUGUCGAGAAUCUGAAACUAAAUAUAUUAUACGUAGUUUAUCAGGAAAAUUGCGUAUUGGCUUAGCUGAACAAACGGUGCUCACAGCUCUUGGUCAGGCUGUGGCUAUGACGCCAUUUCAUUUUAAAGUCGGUGACAAAAGCACGCGAGUAGUUAAUGCUUCUAAUGGUAUGUCUAAUGAGCACUGGAAAGUUACAAUGGAUACUGCAGUUGCAAAUGUUAAAAGGGCGUAUUGCGUUUGUCCAGACUACAGCCGUCUUAUAAAAGCUCUUUUAACAAGUAGUCAUGAAUCUCUAGAUCAAAUAUGCACAAUCACUCCAGGUAUUCCUUUAAAACCAAUGUUAGCUUCUCCUACACAUGGAAUAUACGAAAUUUUAAAGAGGUUUGAAGAAUGUGAUUUCACUUGUGAAUAUAAAUAUGAUGGUGAAAGGGCUCAAAUUCAUAUUCUCCCUUCAGGUGCCAGUCACGUGUAUUCUCGUAAUCAAGAAGAUAAUACGACAAAAUAUCCUGAUAUCGUAAAUAAUCUGAUGUCUAGGGUUCUGCCAGAGUCUAAACUAACGCCUCAUGCAAUUGAGCUACUCGGUGAAAUUGUUAAAGAUAAUAAAAGACAAGUUCAAUCAAAUGGUAUAAUUGGAAACAAACUGGAGAGUUGUAUUAUCGACUCGGAAGUUGUAGCUUGGGAUCGUUUAGCUGGACAUAUUUUACCAUUCCAAGUUCUGUCAACGCGAAAGCGUAAAGAUGUAGAUGAAUCUACACUGAAAGUACAAAUAUGCAUUUAUGUAUUUGAUAUACUUUUUAUAAAUGGUGUAUCUUUAAUUGAACAGCCAUUACGCAUACGUCGAGAAAUACUUCGAGAAGUAUUUCCACGCAUUUCUGGAGAGUUCAUGAUGGCAACCUCUCUUGAUUCAUCUGAUACAGAUGAGAUCGCGACUUUUCUUGACGAAGCCAUCAAAGGUAAUUGUGAAGGAUUAAUGAUAAAAACACUGGAUCAUAAUUCUACCUACGAAAUUGCUAAAAGAUCCCAUAGCUGGUUAAAAUUGAAAAAAGACUAUUUAGAAGGUGUUGGUGAUACAUUGGAUUUAGUGGUGAUAGGUGGGUUUCAUGGAACUGGUAAACGUGCUGGUCGUUACGGUGGUUACUUGCUGGCAUGCUAUGACCCAGAUACAGAAGAAUACCAGACAAUAUGCAAAAUUGGUACAGGAAUGAAAGAUGAUGAAUUGGCUUCAUUUUCGGAGUUUUUCAAGAACCAUGUAACUGACAAAGCAAAACCUUAUUAUCAAUACACAAUUAGUUUAGUUCCAGACCAAUGGUUUGAGCCUGUUCAAGUUUGGGAAGUAAAGGCAGCCGAUUUGAGUAUAUCACCUGGACACAAAGCCGCUGCUGGUUUAGUAAGUUCUUUCCAUAUUUCAUAGGUAUUGCAAUAUGAAAAGGGAUAUGCUUGAGGCUAUCUUUAUCUUAAUUAAAAAGUCACUACGUGUCACACCUGCAUAUUUAAGACCAUCAAGUUGAGUAGUGAUGUGAUGAACCAAUAAGUUUUACAGUAGUAUCUCCAUUGUCAGUAAAUUUGUUUGUCGAAUAAAUAAUCUCUAAACUUAUAUAUGGCAUUGAACAACCACUUGGCGUUUGUUAUCAGUUUUUGGUUAUCUCCAAAAUAUUAGGAACCAAUAUUAUUCCAACAGAUACUAGAUAAAUUAAGGAUCGUCAAUGGCUCUACUUGGUCUAUGCAUUUGAUAGUCUAUAAAACAGUUGUAAACCGAAAUAUCUGGUAUUACAAGGUUGACAGAUUAGUGACAUGCUGUUGGAGAAAAACUUUACACUAAGAAUGCAGAUAAAAAUUGUCUGCAGUUACGGUUUCUUCUUUGAUUUACUUCACAGAUUUAACACACAAAGUUACAUGCAGGGUAAAUUAUGCCUAGUGCAUUAAACGUGUUGCGUAAUAUCACUGAAUUCUAAGAAGACGCGGACAACCGUAUUGUGACACGUUUAGCAUCCAAAGUUUAUCCACAUGGCUAUUAACGGGUAUACUCAUAUUUGAAAUUAGAUGUAGUUAAACCGAUCUUACUAAAGAUUUAACUGUAUAAGGAAUAUGAUCAUAAUCAAUGUUUUUCAAUACAACUGCCUAUUCCCAUGUUUCUUCCCAAUGUUAGUCUUAUUAUGUUAUCGUAAUACAAGGUAUAAUAUAGAUUUCGUGCAUUAUAUCUGUGAAAUGAUUUUCUGAGUUUUUCUUUUUUGAACUACAUAUAAUCGAUGUAUAUACUAUCUGUUCGAAGUGAUGAGCCUAAUUAGUUUGUUUAAUGUACACACUCUUCAGGCGGAUCCACAAAAAGGUAUUUCA